AUUAAAUAACCCAAGUAGAUAGGGUUAAUUGAAAGCAUGUAAGAGUAAAAAGGUUCUUGUCGCCGUGAAUCACAUUUCUCCCCAUCUUCAGUUCCUUCGAUCUCCAUCGUCUUCAAAUUACAAGAUUCGUUUGAAGCAUGAAGAGGAAGAAAGUGAAAGUUGAGUGCAUGACAAAGCCAAACUGGAUUGAACUUCCAAUUGACUUGACAAAGAACAUACUUCGGAGACUUGAUACCGUUGAAAUUGUGACAAGUGCACGUAAUGUUUGUCCUCUUUGGUGGAACGUUUGCAAGGAUCCUCUCAUGUGGAGUACCAUUAAGAUGACCGGUGAUUUCAGCAAUCCUUUGCGUUUGGACAAGAUGUGCACGGCAAGUCACUUACGACGGUUACAAAUUCUUGGCAACACUGGAAUUUCAGAUAAAGGGUUGAGUGAAUUUUUGAAAAGGUUUUCACAAUUAGAAGAGCUUGAAAUUUCUCAUUGUUGCAACAGUUUUUCUAAGGAUAUCCUUGAAGUUAUUGGCCAAUGUUGCCCUCUUUUGAAGUCACUAAACCUGGAGAGGUUGUCUGUCGAUGGCAUGCCUACUGUGUACUCUUAUUGCAAGGGUGAUGAAGCAUUUUGUAUUGCAAAAACAAUGAGUGGGUUACGCCAUCUAAAAUUGCUUGGAUUAUGGCUUAACUAUGAUGAAUUGCUUGCUAUUCUUGACGGUUGCCCGCUUCUCGAAUCUCUUGAUCUGCGAUUUUGCAUUUAUUAUUCUUCCAACCAAAGUUUACUUAAAAGGUGCAGUGAGCAAAUUAAAGAUUUUCACCAUCCACUUAUCUAUUAGAUGGCAAUUAAUUGCUACCAUGAUGAUGAUUUAGCUAAUAUGGACACUUCUGCAGAUACAUAUGUAAUGAUGAUUGGGAGUAUUAGACAAUUGACUCUGAUUGUUGACGAUGUUGCUGACAUUUGAAAGUUUCAUAUUUUAUUUUUGACAAAGUGUGCUUGAAUGUCUCAAGAAACUUGUAUUCAAGCAUAUAUGGUUUGCAUGUUUUAUUAAUCAGAUUAUCUUUUUUUUUUUUUUUUUUCUUCUUGAAUGAUUUUGUGGUUUUUGAUAUAGCUCCUGUCUGAAGA